GUGGCUGUGUGCGGCCUGCGCUUCAUCAGCUUCAACCUGGAGCACUGCUGGUGCCCCCUGGAGGCUGGAGGACUGCAGCAGCAGCUCUACUGGCUGACAGCCUACUCCUUCUACCAUCCUUUGUUCUUCAACGGACCCAUCCUCACCUUCAAGGACUUCCUCCAACAGGUGAGAUAUCAGCCAAUUAUCUGUUAGGACAGGUUAGAUAUCAACCAAUUAGAUGUCAGGGCAAGAGGAAGUCAGGCGAAGUCAGUCAAUGAUCUUUUAGGGCAGGAGGAAGUCAGGUGAAGUCAGCCAAUGAGCUGACGGCGCAGGAGGAAGUCAGGUGAGAUAUCAACCAAUGAGCUUUCACCUUCAAGGACUUCCUCCAACAGGUGAGAUAUCAGCCAAUUAUCUGUUAGGACAGGUUAGAUAUCAACCAAUGAGAUGUCAGGGCAAGAGGAAGUCAGGCGAAGUCAGUCAAUUAUCUUUUAGGGCAGGAGGAAGUCAGGUGAAGUCAGCCAAUGAGCUGACGGCGCAGGAGGAAGUCAGGUGAGAUAUCAACCAAUGAGCUUUCACCUUCAAGGACUUCCUCCAACAGGUGAGAUAUCAGCCAAUCAGCUGUCAGGGAAGGAGAAAGAAAGGUGAGAAAUCAGCCAGUGAUCUGACAGGAAAGGCGCCAAUUUUCUAGCAAUUUUCCCUGCUGGGUACUCCAUUCAAUUUUCAUUUGAGAGCAAUUGAUGCAGAAGUUAUUUUUUUAGCAAAUGGGUAAUGGAGCAAGAUCCAAGAGGUAUCCCCUUGGUUCCAAACUCUUGCUUCCCAAAAUGAAACAUCACUCUCCAAUUUCUCAUCACAGAUUGAAAAAGACAAGUCAGUGUUGCAAGAUGUAUCUGUGAUUCCUCUCUCUCUGGUAUAGUUUUAGACUCUGAGUGUGAAGGCUCAGGGAUUUCUCAGCACCUUGGGGUGAGGUUCUGACUGAGCGAGUUUUAUAAGAGCAAAUAAAAGUGCUGCAAUGAUCCGUUGCUGUAGCUUUAGUGAGUCAGCAGUCGGCAUACUUUAUACGCCACUCUUUGAGCAUUUGCUUUAGCCUGCCUGGAGGGCAGGUUGGAGGAGGUUUGCACUUUUGGGACUUAUCUAUUGGUUCCAUCGCAACAGGCAAGCUCAAUCAAGCACAGCUAAAGUACUAGGAAACAUUUGAAAUACUAUUUGAACCCAGGUCUGCAAAGCACAGCUAAGCUUCUUCAGGGAGGCUAAAGCAACCACACAAAGUAUUUGAAAGAAUUCAAAUGGUAUUUGAAUCUAGGUCUGAGUGAGAGAAUGUCAUAUUGAAUAGGUAAAGGCCAAAAACAGGGGAAGCUAACUGGGGUAAGGUUAUUGGGGUAUGUGGGUAGUGCUUGUAUGGAAAGAAUCCCUUCCAUUAUUUAUCAUGUCCUCACCAGUCCCAUCACCAUACGGACUAUCAGAGGAGCAGUGUAGGCUGGUAACUUGAAAAAUUGAGGAGGAUGGUAAACCCACGGUAUAGGCGUGGACCGCACGGAGACGACAAAGCAUGUUUCAAAAAUCGUCAACGACAUUCUUUUAACCUUACAUUUAAUGAAGACAUUUAUAUUAAAAUAUUAUGGGGAAUGGGAUUGAGAAGGCUACUUACAGUGUUAGGAAGGGAUCACAGCAGUGAUUGAAUGAGGGUAUGAGGCAUACGUUGAGAUGUUCAGAGGCUUGACUUCAGUGCAGGACAGGGAUUGUGGUGUUCAGAGGCUUCAGUGCAGGACAGGCUCAUCAUGGAUGGAUGGUGUUGAAUAGCUCAACUAUUCCACUGAGGGUAGGACAGGAUUUGACUGGGUAGACGAAAAACAAUAACACAACACCGUUAGACAAAAGAGCUAAGAAUGAGUUAGUCCAAGCAAGGAUUAAAAUCACAUUGUGUAAUAAUGUGAUUGGGUUUAUAUGUGAUUGACUACAUGCAGUAAUGAGAGAAAAUUGACAGGGCUUGGAGGGGAAACAUUCAAUGCGCCAGGAAGAGGGUGAGGAGCCACGAGCCUCCUAGGUUUUGUAUUGAAGUCAAUGUAACCAGAGGAGGACGGAAAAUAGCUGUCCUCCGGCUACACCAUGAUGCUACCCCAGAGGGUGCUGUUGAGACUAUUGUAGACCUUUAUUGCAAAAUAGUUUGUUUUAAUCAGGUAUUUGGUAACGUAAAUAUAUAACAUAAGUAUAACUUUUUAUUUUUUUUAUUUACAUUUUAUUUUUAUUCACUGAGUAGUAUGGUCCUCCCCUUCCUCCUCUGAGGAGCCUGUAUGAAUGCUCCUCACAACACUCUGAGCACCCCAAAGUCAUAUAAUGUUAACCAAUGUGUUAUAGCUUUUUUAUAAAAAAUAUAUAGAUGAUUACGUUUAUAAACCCCUUUAUAAAUCAUUUUUUAAGUGUACCUUAAUGUGUUACCUUUGUGUGAUUGUUGCAGAUGCAGAUAUCUGUGAAGGAUCGUGGUGGUAGGAUGACGUUCCUCUCACUGCUGGCCAACGCUGGGAGGAUCUGUGUGUGGUGGCUUAUAGCAGAGUACUUGAUCCACCUGAUGUACAUGCACACUAUACAGGCCAACGAAACAUAUCUGGAGAUCCUGCCGCCUUGGGCCUUGGGUAAGUGUUUCUGUGUGUGUGUGUGUGUGUGUGUGUGUGUGUGUGCGUACAUGUGGGCAUGUGUUUAUGCAUACAUGUGUGCGUGAAGUAUGUACAUGCAUGUGUGUUUGUAAUGUUCAAAACCGCCGUACUCUAUUGAGCUAAGGAAACCGCCUCAAACUUGAUUCUUGAGUUCGAUGAUAAAGCCAUCUGUUCAGUUAUACUCCUAAUAGUGUAUUCUGAAAUACAAUUUUACACAUUAAUACUAUCAAUAUUAAUAUCUCAAAAGUACCCUUUUUGAUUUUGUUCAUUUUUAGACAUUGUUUUAAAUAACAUACUCUACAAGUACAUCACAUUUCCAGAGUGGUCUUUCUGCUACUUUUAAAGAUGAUCCAUUUUAUAAGCACCACCAACACAGUGAAUGGCAAAAUGGAUUCAAAGGAACUCGCUUUGCUGGUGAUUUUUCAGAUUCAGAUUGUUUAAUAGUCACAUGUACAGGUUUGCAGUUGUGAUUGCAGGGUACAGUGAAAAUCUUGCUGUAUGUGCAAUGUGGCAUGUGAUUGGUUAAGGCCUGUGAUUGGUUAAUGACCUAUAAUGUAAAUGUAUAAAAUUGAUAAUUUCUUCAAAAGUAGCAGAGAGCCCACUCUGGAGACCCAUGGGGCGGCGCACAAUUGGCCAAGCGUCGUCCAGGGUAGGGGAGGGAAUGGCCGGCAGGGAUGUAGCUCAUUUGGUAGAGCAUGGCGUUUGCAACGCCAGGGUUGUGGGUUCGUUUCCCACGGGGGGCCAGUAUGAAAAAAAAAAUAUAAUGUAUGCACUAACUAACUGUAAGUCGCUCUGGAUAAGAGCGUCUGCUAAAUGACUAAAAUGUAAAUGUAAUGUAAAUGUAAUGUUUGAAGAGUAUAUUGUUUAAAACAAUAUGUCAAAAAAUAAGCUAUGUCAAAAGGGGUACUUUUGAGAUAUUCAUAGUAAUUUUUGUAACCAUGUACAGUUCACAGGAGGCAUGUAUAGGUCUAAAAAGGGCCUAAAAUGGCCGCCACCAUCAUGAUUUGUGAUACAAAUGUAAAAACCAUGAUAAACAUCAUUCCUCCCAAUAAAGUUUCUACGUGAGUAUUACCAGAACAAUCGGAGAUACCAAAAAUAUUUUCGGGCCAUGCUGCCGUGGAAUCGACCCAAUACAAGUUUUCAGGCAGCCUAAUGGUUUUUGAGAUGGAAAGCUACUUAGUGUAGUAGUAGUUAGUUAUGAAGCAGGACACAAAUUGACAGCUGCUUUUAAAUGAUCUGAAUUCUUCAUCUUGGAGGUAAUGAAAUAGGUUGGUUUGUCACCGAACAGUCUGCACUAUACCGUCUGCAGUAAGCAAUAUGGCAGCCAUUCUCCACCUGGCCUAUCAGAGGGCAAGAUGGAGCUACCACCAUAUUGCUAACACGGAUCCAAUCCUCUCAGAUAUACACAAGUACCUAGGGGUAGAGGCUAUGGGUUUAUUGUUUUGAUUCAGGGUUUCUUUCCAUGCAGUCUAUCUGCUAGUCCACUAUUGAACACUAAGAUUGCGUAAGUGAAGGUUAAUUAUUUUGGCGCACUUGAAGGAAAAUAACCGUAUUUGAAUCUUAGAAGGUCAAUUCACAUGGCAGUUGUUAUGAGGGAGUUUGGUGCGUUCCAAAUGGCACCCUAUUUCCUAUGUAGUAAACUAAUUUUGACCUGGGCCCAAAGUUGUGUCAUUUGGGACUUAGCCAGUGACUGCUGCCCUCUUGUGAAGCAAGUUGAAUGUUUUUCUAUUUGUGGAAAGGGAUUUAAAGAUAGAUUGGGUAGUAGGAGCACAAUACACAAUUCUAACAUGUAAUAUCACAAAGCAAUUCCUGCCACUCAUCUGCAUCCCCAUGUUGGCCAUAGAUCAUUUAAAUGGACAUCCUGUCAGUCAGUACUGUACUGUAUGUUCGUAGAGAGAUAGGGCUCUAUGCCUUUAGUGUGUCAGUCAGUGUGUAUGUAGCCUAUUGUACUGUACAGUGCAUUCGGAAAGUAUUCAGACCGCUUGACUUUUUCCACAUUUUGUUACGUUACAGCCUUAUUCUUAAAUUGAUAAAAUUAUAAUUUUUCCUCAUCAAUCUACACACAACACCCCAUAAUGACAAAGCUGAAAAAAAGGAAUUGUCCGUAGAGCUCUGAGACAGGAUUGUGUCGAAGAACAGAUCUGGGGAAGGAUACCCAAACAUUUCUGCAGCAUUGAAGGUCCCCAAGAACACAGUGGCCUCCAUAAUUCUUAAAUGGAAGAGGUUUGGAACCACCAAGACUCUUCCUAGAGCUGGCUGCCCGGAAAAACUGAGCAAUCGGCUGUAACGUAACAAAAUGUGGAAAAAGUCAAGGGAUCUGAAUACAUUCCGAAUGCACUGUAUAUUCUGAGAAAGAGCUCUAUGCAUUUAUGAUCCAAAUCAAAUUGGUAUAGACUAGCAGUGAAAUCCUUACUUACUUUUCCAACAAUGCAGAGUUAAAGAUAAAAUAAAAAUAGUGACACAAGGAAUAAAUUCACAGUAAAUAAUGAGUAAAAAAAACAUGGCUAUAUACAGGGAGCACCAGUACCGAGUCGAUGUGUAGGGGUAUGAUGGAAUUGAGGUAGCUAUGUACAUACAGUGCAUUCGGAAAGUAUUCAGGCCCCUUGACUUUUUCCACAUCUUUAUGUUACAGCCUUGUUCUAAAAUGAAUUUUAAAAUAAUGUUUUCCCUCAUCAAUCAACACACAAUACCCCACAAUGACAAAGCGAAAACAUGUUUUUAGAAAGUUUUGCAAAUGUAUUAAAAAUAAAAAUAACUCACAUUUACAUAAGUAUUCAGACCCUUUACUCAAUACCAAUAUUGAAGCACCUUUGGCAGCGAUUACAGCGUCGAGUCUUCUUGGGUAUGACGCUACAAGCUUGGUACACCUGUAUUUGGGGAGUAUCUCCCAUUCUUCUCUGCAGAUCCUCUCAAGCUCUGUCAGGUUGGAUGGCUGCCAGCUGCACAGCUAUUUUCAGGUCUCUCCAGAGACGUUCGAUCGGGUUCAAGUCCGGGCUCUGGCUGGGCCACUCAAGGACAUUCAGAGACUUGUCCCGAAGCCACUUCUGCAUUGUCUUGGCUAUGUGUUUAGGGUCGUUGUCCUGUUGGAAGGUGAACCUUUGCCCCAGACUAAGGUCAUGAGCGCUCUGGAGCAAGUUUUCAUCAAGGAUCUCUCUGUACUUUGCUCCGUUCAUCUUUCCCUCGAUCCUGACUAGUCUCCCAGUCCCUGCCGCUGAAAAACAUCCCCACAACAUGAUGCUGCCACCAGCGUGCUUCACCGUAGGGAUGGUGCCAUAUUUCCUCCAGACGUGACGCUUGGCAUUCAGACCAAAGAGUUCAAUCUUGGUUUCAUCAGACCAGAGAAUCUAGGCAAACUCCAAGCGGGCUGUCAUGUGCCUUUUAGUGCAGAAUGGCUUUCGCCUUGGCCACUGUACCAUAUAGGCCAGAUUGGUGGAGUGCUGCAGAGAUGGUUGUCCUUCUGGAAGGUUCUCCCAUCUCCACAGUGGAGCUCUGUCAGAGUGACCAAUGGGUUCUUGGACACCUCCCUGACCAAGGCCCUUUUCCCCCCGAUUGCUCAGUUUGGCCGGGCGGCCAGCUCUAGGGAGAGUCUUUGGUGGUUCUAAACUUCCAUUUAAGAAUGAUGGAGGCCACUGUGUUCUUGGGGACCUUCAAUGCUGCAGACAUUUUUUGGUACCCUUCCCCAGAUCUGUGCCUCGACACAAUCCUGUCUCGGAGCUCUAUGGACAAUUCCUUCGACCUCAUGGAUUGGUUUUUGCUCUGACAUGCACUGUCAACUCUGGGACCUUAAAUAGACAGGUGUGUGCCUUUCCAAAUCAUGUCCAAUCAAUUGAAUUUACCACAGGUGGACUCCAAGUUGUAAAAACAUCUCAAGUAUGAUAAAUGGACACAGGAUGCACCUGUUUCCAUUGAUCAGGGUCUGAAUACUUAUGUAAGUAAAUAAGGUAUUUCUGUAUUUUAUAUUUAAUAAAUUGGCAAACAUUUGUACGCCUGUUUUCACUUUGUCAUUAUGGGGUAUUGUGUGUAGAUUGAUGAGGAACAUGUUUUACUUAAUCCAUUUUAUGGAAAAAGGGAAGGGGUCUGAAUACUUUCUGAAUGCACUGUGUAGGUAGGGGUAAAGUGACUAGACAACAGAAUAGAUAAUAGACUGAGCUGUAGCAGCGGCAUGUCUGGCGAGUGUGAAAGUGUGUGUGUGGCGUCAGUAUGCAUGUGUGCACAUGCUAUGUGUGUGUGUGGGACUUUGUAAUGUGUGUGUGUGUGUUGGGGUGUCAGUGUAAGUAUGUGUGAAUGUGUGGGUAAAUGAUAAACUCCUGGAUGUGAGUCUUGGGCUUUGGAUUCCAGUCUAGAAUCCCGCAUGUUCUCCAUAGAAAUAUAAUUAUGGAAUAAUAUUUUUUUUUUUCCAUACCCCAUACUCCCUGGUUCCAUGUCCUUCCCAACGCCCCUGUUCUCACCGAUCUGAGUGGACUUAGUAGAUGUAAGGAAGAUUAUCUUGAGGACUGGAGUUGGAGAGAAUCCUGGUAUAGAACAUUCAUUUUAGAAGUUGUACUGUAUGUCUGAUUUUUAGAAAUAGCUAAUGUGAGAAUGUCCGCUGUUAACAUGGAGGUCCCCAAUAGUAUUUUUUCCUCUCUCAGCCUAUCAGCAUAAAGCAUUGAUAAGCUACACAGAUGUAGCUAGUGUAGCAUGGCAAAACAGCAGUGGUAGGUUGGACGGUACAGUAAUUUACUGCUGAUGCUGCACUAAGUGCAGACCAUGGAGGGGAAUUACACCCCCAUACCACUCCUUAUCUAUAGUGCAGCACAUAAUCAGGCAAUACAAGUUUAGCAAUCUCAUCUUUUGCUUAGUAAUGCUACCCUGUGGUUAUUUUUAGAUGUGCUAUGGUUGUAAUAACUUCAUUAGACAAUGUAAUAGCAGUAAUCCAGAUGCACAUGCCUGGGUAGGAAAAGGGCAUGGUUGUCCCAUAGUUGUUAUUAUUAUGAGUGGUGUGUGUGUUGUAUGUACAGUAUAUGUAUUGCCACCACAGGCUAUUUUUGAUUUGAACAAAAUUUAAAAAAGUACAAAUGUAGUUUACAUUCCCUUCUCUUUUGUGUAUGCUCAUUCUGUUCCUCUAUUUUCACUGUUCUUUCUCCUGUCGCUCCCAUGAGCGACCAUUUUUCGUUCAGUCAUGGAAACCGCACACUACAAAACGUUUAAGUACAUUUACAUUUUACAUUCUAGUCAUUUAGCAGACGCUGUUAUCCAGAGUGACAUACAGUUAGUGAGUGCAUACUUUUAUUUUCAUACCCAAUUUAUGUUCUCACGGUGAGGCUAUUUAUUAUUUCCAUACUGUUUAGAAAACCUUUGUGAAGGCAUUUUCAAGCAGAUUCAGGGUUGAGAUAAGAGCGCCCAACUUGGACUUCCUUGUAAAUUAUACAUUGAUGUCAGUGGGACAUUUGCUGGAAAUUGAAUUCACAGGUGGUUCUCAAGUCUAAAAACUGUCCGAUAUAAAUAAAUUAUACAUGCUCCAUGUUCAGUUGAAAUAACCAAUGGAAACAGUCAGCAAUACUGUGUGUUUCAAAUAGGGCAAAAUGUUAUUUUUCCUGACAUGUUCCUGACAUGUUGACCCCAAUGCCCUGCCUGCCUGUGGGGAAAACAACCUGUGGUUACCUAGGUUACCCCAUUGUCUCACAGCAAAAACUUCACCUUUUUCAAAAGUAAUUUUCUUGUCUGCUUGUUUUAGUCAAUUACAAACUACAUUUAAAAAAACUACAACUUGGCUGAAGAUUACUUUUCAAAAUUGCCUGCUCCUGGGCAUUCUCACUACUUAGAAAAACGUAAUAUUGUAGCGCUUUUCAUGAUGGUGCUAGCAGCCACGUGAGUGAGUGCAAGCUAGCUACUGACCGGAACAUUAAGCUAGCCAACCACACAAACAAACGGACUAUACAGCUAGAAGUAGUAAGUGGAGUUAAAACAAACUAUACUAAACAAGUUAAAUGUCUUACCUGUGGUGAAAUGUUUUCCACACACAUACAGUGCCUUCAGAAAGUAUUCACACCCCUUGACUUUUCUGCAUUUGUUGUACUACAGCCUGAAUUUAAAAUGGAUGAAAUUUAGAUGUUUCUUGUCACUGGCCUACACACAAUACCCCAUAAUGUCAAAGUGGAAUGUUUUCAGUUUUUUUUUUUUUUUUUUUACAAAUAAAUUAAAAGCUGAAAUGUCUUGAGUCAAUAAGCAUUCAACCCCUAUGUUAUGGCAAGCCUAAAUAAGUUAGAGUAAAAAUGUGCUUAACAAGUCACACAAUAAGGUGCAUGGACUCACUCUGUGUGUAAUAAUAGUGUUUAACAUGAUUUUUGAAUGACUACCUCAUCUCUGUACCCCACACAUAUAAUUAUCUGUAAGGUCCCUCAGUCGAGCAGUGAAUUUCAAACACAGAUUCAACCACAAAUACCAGGGAGGUUUUCCAAUGUCUCGCAAAGAAGGGCACGUAUUGGUAGAUGGGUAAAAAAACAACAGACAUUGCAUAUCCCUUUGAGCAUGGUGAAGUUAUUAAUUACACUUUGGAUUGUGUCUCAAUACACCCAGUAACUACAAAGAUACAGGCAUCCUUCCUAACUCAGUUGCCGGAGAGAAAGUCAAACGCUCAGGGAUUUCACCAUGAAGCCAAUGGUGACUUCAAAACAGUGUAAUGGCUGUGAUAGGAUAAAACUGAGGAUGGAUCAACAACAUUGUAGUUACUCCACAACACAAACAUAAAUGACAGAGUGAAAAGAAGGAAGCUUGUACAUAAUAAAAAUAUUCCAAAACAUGCAUCCUGUUUGCAAUAAGGCACUAAAGUAAAACUGCAAAUAAGGUGGCAAAGAAAUUCACUUUUUGUCCUGAAUCAAGGUGUUAUGUUUGGGGCAAAACCAAAACAACACAUUACUGAGUACCAAUCCAUAUUUUCACGCAUAGUUGUGGCUGCAUCAUAUUAUGGGUAUGCUUGUAAUCGUUAAGGACUGGGAGUUUUUCAGGAUAAAAAAGAAACUGAAUGGAGCUAAGCACAGGCAAAAUCCUAGAGGAAAGCCUGAUUCAGUCUGCUUUCCACCAGGCACUGGGAGAUGAUUUCACCAUUUCAGUAGGACAAUAACCUAAAACACAAGUCCAAAUCUACAUUGGAGUUUCUUACCAAGAAGACGGUUCCUGAGUAGCCGAGUUAUAGUUUUCACUUAAAUCUGCUAGAAAAUCUAUGGAAAGACCUGAAAAUUGUUGUCUAGCCGAUUUGACAGAGCUUGAAGAAUUUUGAAAGGAAUAAUGGGCAAAUGUUGCACAAUUCAGGUGUGGAAAGCUCUUAGAGACAUACCCAGAAAGACAAAGCUGUAAUCGCUGCCAAAGGUGAUUCUAACAUGUAUUGACACAGGGGGUUGAAGACUUAUCAUAUCAAUAUAAUAUAUAUUAGUGUUUUAUUUUUCGUUAAUGUUUUACAAAUGUUAGAAUUUUACUUCCACUUUGACAUUAUAGUAUUUUGUGUAGAUCGUUGACAAAAUAUGAUAAUUUAAAUCCAUUUGAAUCCCACUUUGUAAAACAAAAAGUUGAAAAAGCCAAGUGUGAAUACUUUCUGAAGGCACUGUAUAUAUUGCCGACCACCCCACGGUUUGGGAACCACUGCCCCAGAGGCACCAAUUCAACCAUCUUUAGAGAGCCUUAUCAAAUAUUAAUAUGCACAGAUCUCUUUCUCGUCACCAUCAUCAGUUGUAGGGUCUCUGUACUGAAACUGUAACUCAUCUUGCCAUCAUAAGUAGAUAUGCACUGUAACAAUAACAUUCCACCCAUAUCUCUUUGGCUGCUUUCCAAUAGUCUUAUUUCACAGGGUUUCGGUUUAUUCCAUUUCAAUUAAAAGUUGAAUGUAUUUCAAUUUAUGAAUGUCUUAUUUAUUCAGGGUACAACUCUGACUUAUGCAUAAAUCAUUAAUUGAUGUCAAUAGGAGACUUGCAUGGAAAUUCGACUUGAGCGUGCAGAUCUGAAGACCGAAUAUCGCCCUUAUUGAAUACCAAUUAAUCAUGAGUGGAAUUGACUUGAUUUAUGAUACUUGAGAUGUUAACUUAAUGUACAGUAUAAGAUGUCAUAUCAUAAGCUGAUCCUGGCAGUUAAUGUGUAUUUUCGUUUACUUAAAUCAAACCUCCAUUGCAGUUUUUACACAGUAGAAUAUAAACAUUACCUUUCUUCCAGUGGACUAGGAAAAAACGCAGUAUAAGACGUGCACAAUUCAGAGUGGGAGAUUGGUAAGGUAAGGGCGCAGAUUGCAAGUAGUCAGAAUACCACCUUGGGGCAGUAGUUGUGUAAACAUAGAUACUAUAAACAAGGCUAUAUCUCUCCCUCUCCUUAUCUAUAUCUCUGUCUCUACCUCCCUCUGGCAGGCUGUCCCUGGCAUUAAUCCAGUUCUAUGUACUGUAUAUACUAAGUACAUAGUACUGACACUAUAUAUGUUAAGGCAGGGUUUCCCAAACUCGGUCCUAGGGGACCCCAAGGGAUGCACAUUUUGGUUUUUGCCCUAGCACUACACAGCUGAUUCAAAUAAUCAACAAAUCAUCAAGCUUUGAGGUCCCGAGGACCGAGUUUGGGAAACACUGUGCUAAGGCUUCAUCCGUCUCCUCCUUACCCAUCUCUCUCGCUCUUGCUCUACCUCCCUCAGGUGGGCUGGCCCUGGCGUUAGUCCAGUUCUUCUACGUGAAGUACCUGGUUCUGUUUGGUGUUCCGUCUCUGCUAGCUGGAAUGGAUGGGCUGGACCCCCCGACGCUACCGCGCUGUGUCAGCAUUAUGCACAGUUUCACAGGAAUGUGG